AUGCACGACGGCGAGGCAUCGCUACAGCCACACGCCAAUACAGCACCGCCCACGACAUCGCCCACUAUCGACCGCAAGACGUUCGGCCACCACCCACCACCGCCGACGCGUACCAUCGGUCUCAAUGACAAGCUCCCCGCCGCCCGACGUCAAGCUUCAGGCUCGUCGAGCGAGUCCGAAGAGGAGGAGUUCAAGAAGGUGGAGUUGCUGCCGGACAUGACCCGCUCGUCGCGCCGCCCGCCCGUGGUCGACUGCCACAACUACUCCGAGUUCCACAUCCAUGUCCCCGCGUACACCAGCACCGUCGCGGUCUCCGGGCACACCGUCGCGGUCGCGCAUCACCACCACAUCAAGAUCUAUGACCUGUCUGUCUCUGAGGCGCCCGUGUGGAACAUCGACAGCCGCGAUGCCGGGCUGGACAAGCUGAACGGAUUCAAGGUCACCGCGAUGGAGUUCCGCCCGACGCUCAACGCGACAGACCGUGGCGCGUUCCUGUGGCUCGGAUGCAAGGACGGUACCCUGCUUGAGCUUGACAUCCGCUCGGGUACGAUCGCAGCGGCCAAGCCAGUCGCGCACGCACACGCGGUUACGCACAUGUUCCGGCACGCCCGGGCGAUGGUGACGAUGGACGACGCGGGCAAGGUACUCGUUUUCGCACCCGAGCCGGACAGCACGGACGACGUCCACCUCGUCUACACCCAGCCGCGCGUCGUGCGCAUCGCCGACAAGCAGGAGUUCGCGAAGCUCCUUGGCGGCCAGCUGUGGACCUCGACGCGCGACCCAAACGGCGGGGGCUCGGUGGCGAGCACGUCGAGAGGCCCGAUUGUGAGGGUGUACGACGUCUUCUCGCCUGGGAGCACCGGGCGUUCGCUGCUGCCUACUGAACACCUCGGCGCGGUGACAUCCGGGACGAUCCUGCCCUCUCAGCCAGACAAGGUCUUCCUUGGGCAUGAGGGCGGGCACGUUAGUAUCUGGCAACUCGUCACAAAGGACGGCAUACCAAUGUGCGAGGAGGUAGUCAAAGUCUCGACGUCGGACGUGCUGAGCUUGGAGGGCGUGAACGACCGGUUGUGGGCCGGAGGCCGCAGUGGCAUGAUCUCUGCGUUCGAUGUCGUGCCGAGGCCGUGGGUGGCCACCAACUGCUGGCAAGCCCAUACGAAGCUGCCCGUGCUCAAGUUGACGGUGGACACUUGGAGCAUUGAGAGGCUCGGUCGACUGACUGUGUACAGCAUCGGCAGGGACGAGAAGCUCCGUUUCUGGGACGGCUUGUUGGGUACACAAUGGGUCGACCAAGAGCUCAUCAAGCGCGAAGCCGAGUUCAGCACCUUCCGGGCGGUCAAGGUCCUCGUCGUCUCCUGGAACCUCGACUCCGCCAAGCCAGAGACGCUCACGGGCACGCCCGAGAACAUCAACUUCCUGAACGACGCGCUCAAGAGCGUCGACGACCCCGACAUCAUCGCGUUCGGCUUCCAGGAGCUCAUCGACCUCGAGAGCCGCAAGAUGGCCGCGAAGACGGUGCUCCUCGGCGGGAAGAACAAGACGCCUGACGGCGCGAUCUCGCAGAAGGUCUCGACGAGCUACAAGAAAUGGUACGACCGCUUGGUGCUCGCGGUCAAGAUGGCGAUGCCUCCGGAUGAACCGUACACGGUGAUACACACGGAGAACUUGGUCGGACUGUUCAGCUGCAUCUUCGUGAAGAACACGGAGCGGAUAUCGCUGAAGCACGUCGCUAUCACCACCAUCAAGCGGGGGAUGGGUGGACGAUAUGGCAACAAGGGUGGCAUUGUCGCGCGUUUCGUGAUCGACGACACGUCAAUAUGCUUCAUCAACUGCCAUCUGGCCGCUGGUCAACACCACGUACGACAACGGAAUGCUGAUGUCGCAGCCAUGCUGGAGGAGAAGUCUGUCUUCCCGGAGUCCGACGCGGUUGAGGAACCAUUGGCGUACGUGAACGGAGGGGACGGUUCGAUGGUCCUCGACCACGAGGUAGUCUUUAUGAACGGAGACAUGAACUACCGUAUCGAGCACCGACGAGACUUCGUCGCCGGUGCCAUCAAAGCGGGAGAGAUCGAGAGCCUCCUCGCAUACGACCAGCUGCUCCGCGAGAUGAAGAACAACCGCGCGUUCCGUCUGCGCUCAUUCAUGGAGGGCCCAAUCACCUUCGCGCCGACGUACAAGUACGACCGGCGGUCCAACGAGUAUGACACGUCCGAGAAGGCGCGCGUGCCGGCGUGGUGCGACCGCGUACUGUGGCGGUCGCGCGAGCCAUCGCGCGUCGAGCAGCUGCACUACCUGCGGUACGAGGCGAACGUGUCGGACCACCGACCGAUCUCGGCUGCGUUCCGGAUGACGGUCAAGUCGGUGCAGCACGAGGCGCGCGCACAUGUCAAGGGCGAGGUCAUCGCGCGCUGGAAACAGCACGAGCGUGCGCUCCUUGAGGCGUGUCAUCAGUUCUUCGUCGACCAGGCGAUGAUAUGA